AUGUUUCGUGGCAAUGGCGCAGCGCAUGCUGCUCGUUCUUUCCAUGACGCGACAUCAAGCAUUCCAAGUGUAACCAGCCCCUACGCUCGAAGUGAAGCAUUUGCAGACCCGAGACGGAAACAAACCAUCAUCAGUCUCUUGGAUGUCCUGAGCGAGCUUAGCAACGAGGCGUCUUCAGACGGCGAUGCCAACCUUCCUUCCAACUUCGAAGAUGACAGAGACGUUCCUACCGUGGAUGAAAAACUGCAAGUCGCAGGAUCAGAAUCGUUUAACAAAUUUGAGAGACGAAUUGACAAUCUUGACAAAGAGCUGCGUAACUUUGCUAAUGCUGCCCGUCAACUUGGCAGUUCCGUUGGGAUAUUGUCCUCCGCAUUUCGACUACGGGAACGCCUUACAAAAUUGUUGUUUCUAUUUCGGGAGAACGCAGCUACGUUGUUCCCUCGGAAAAUUUCACGUCAACCUCGAGAAACGCUCGUUAACCCUAACCUGAUGGACCGACGACGCACAUGGAGAGGUCAACAACCCCCGCUCAGACCUAUUCAUGAUGACGGCCUCGACCCCGAAAGUUUCCCGGGUCAAUUCGCUAGUUUCGCAGAAGACGUUGUAACGUUCCUAAACUGCCUGAACGAAUUUCCAGAGUUUACAGACGAAGCGGUCAAUACGUCAAUGCGUGCGUUCGAAGUGGAUCUGAAGUAUUGGGCUUCGUGUCUUCAGGAGUACAAAGGUCAAUUUCGAUAUCCAGCAGUGCAACGCUAUAUUCACGAUUUGACGUCGGAAAUUGGGGAGCACAUUGACAACAUCACAGUCAAUCUGUCGAUGUUUAUCGAAAUCGGCGUACCGACGAUUAGGUUCGCCCAGCAGCAUGCAGCAGCAAACCUGCUAAACUUGUCGACAGUCGCGACGUUCUUCUCAGCUGUGACGGCAACGACCUUGCAAUUUUCAUAUCAGUUGACAGAUGGGGUGCUGGAGAAGUCUGUUAACGCAUUCUGGUUCUCCUCGUUGGUUUUCAGUAUAGCAGCCGCAGUGAACAGUCUUCUUGGUCUCACGUGGAAGCAAGCCAUGUAUCGUUCUCCAGGCCAUAGGGUACCUUGGUGGGUAUUGAUAUGGAUUAAGCGGUCGCCUUUAGUCUUUCUCGUCAUGUCUGUGGCAUGCUUUUCCGCGGGCUUGAUGCUGUUCACAUACGCUACAAAUCAGGGAUUUGUCACAUCCACAAUCACAACUGUUUUCACAGCUGUCACUUCUUUCGGCCUUGCUGCCGUCUCUGCUUGGUUCGCCUCAGAGCGAUGGAUAUUUGUUCAGCACCGCGGUCAUGUGUGGCUGGAGGAUGUAAUAAACGAAGCAACCCACCGCAUGCUCCUCCUUUCUGCGGUCGUGGAGUUGCGGAAGAUCAUACACUACUGCAAUCAACGCAUCCUGGCCGUCCGCGGCCUGAUUAGACGAGUGUCUUUCAAGAAGGAGGGCCCGCAGAUGCUUGAACUUGGUCACCGCCACGAAGUAGCUAUAUCCGUGUGUUCGGAAUAUACUGAGCGCCCCAAUUCUAUGGAAGCGCCUGCAAGUGAAGAGAGCGAGACUUCUCGUCGAUCCAUUGCCCGUCAGCGCUUCAAGGGAGCUGUGCGUUCUGUCAUCAUGAUGCAACAGCAGCAAGCAGGGCAGACCCCGUUAUAUCUACGGCCCUUCAUGCCGCCACGAACACCCUCUUUUGAUCGAAAUUCUACAGCGGGAAUGUCUCCCACCCGAUUCUCGUCCAUUGGUUUGAAUACCAUUCGAGGACAGAGAGUUUCGACAUUGAUCCCAAAGCUUAAAACCCUGGAACCCACACAGGACCUCUCCGUACACACUGCUCUUGUUCGUCAUCUGCAAUUCUCCCCAAAUGGUAAAUAUCUCGCUACAUCAAGUUGGGAUCGGUCUUCUGUCAUCUUUCGUGUCGGAGAUUCUUUUCAAAAUCAAGCUGUUCUUGUACACGUGCGAGGCUUUAUCGGCCAGGUGGCCUGGUCUGCGUCUGGUACGAUUCUCUUGACGAGAUUAACUCGUGGAAUCAAGGUCUGGACGGAGGAAGGACUCUGUAAGAGAACAAUCGAUCGGCCGCACUCCGUAUCAUCUAUUGCAUGGCUUCCUGGUAGCGAGACGCAAUUCUUCUCUGUCGAAGGUAGCGAUGUGUUUAAACUGGACGUUCAAGGGAAGGUUCUUGAUUCGUAUCACUUUGGUCGCAUCCAGUUGCACAAUGUAGCUGUGAGUCCAGAUGGCCAGCGGUUACUGGGUGUGGGUCCACUACUUGCGGCACCUAAUGGAUUGCAUCCAAGCCGCACCACUAGGGUUGAGAAACGUAUAAUAGUUUUCAACAUCGAGACUAGAGCAUUUGAAAACCAGACGCCCGUCGUUAACGACGUGCGUGACAUAACGAUGUCCAAAAGAGGUGGAAACGUGCUUGUUUCCUUCGAGCGCAAGACACCUCCGCAGUUAUGGAAGAUGGAGCUAGUGCGAGAUGCUAGAGAUCACGAACGCCCCUAUGCACAAGUCGCGAGGCUUCUUCUCCGCCACACGUAUCUGCCCAAAGCUCAGGUGGAUUUCGCGGGCUCGAGCUACUUUGGCGGCAAAGAUGACCAGCUAGUGUUAUGUGCUGGAAAAGCGGGGGAUAUACAUAUCUGGGAUCGUGAUAGUGCAGCUUUGCUCCAUUACAUUCGACCUCAAACAUUUGGCGGGGACUUGACAUGUGUUGCAUGGAAUCAUUCCACGGACGAACCCUUCAUGUUCGCCACGGGCAGCCACGACGGUACGGUACGCAUAUGGGCGACGCCAGCGGGGGACCGCUCAUCUGAUGACGCAUCUUAUCUCGAGCGGCGCACCGAUGCUGGUAUGACAACAGUUUCAGAUCAGUAUGCGUCUUCGCCCAUUCUGGGCCCAGCGCCGGUGCCCGGAUCCAGCCGUCGUCGAGAAAGAGCACCGACCAUACGGACUACAUUCUCGAUAGGGCCUGGGUAGAACAUUGCUGGCGUUCUGUAUGGGCGCCAUACAAUGGACGUGUGUAGGUCUGUGUGUUCUUGUUCAUCUGGGCUUUAUAGAUAGGUAUAUAUUUUGUCUUCUUUGUUAUUUUAUUCACGACAGCAUAGUUUUUAUGAUACAACAAUGUAAUCGCACGACUAUUCUUCCUAUACCCUCUUGGUGUAUCAUAACUACAGCUUGAAAAUAUAAAGCAGAUAUAUUGGUUGAUUGUGGUAACAUCAGCUGCCACUGGGCCUCAGUCUGGCCAGUCGCUUAAUGCCCA